AUGAUCAACUCAACGUACACGCCCGAGGGCAACAUCGUCACCAUGACCAUGGUGGCAGGUGAAGAGACCGAGGUGGUCUACAACCUUGGCAACUUGGCCUGGAUCAUCGUGUCCACAGCGCUUGUCUUCAUCAUGAUUCCCGGUGUUGGCUUUUUCUACUCCGGAUUGUUGAGGAAGAAGUCGGCUUUGUCGAUGCUCUGGAUGUCAAUGGCACUUCUAGCUGUUGUGUCAUUCCAGUGGUUCUUCUGGGGCUUCUCGCUUGCUUUCUCGACUUCUUCGACCAACCCCUUCAUCGGCAACUUGGACAACUUCGGACUGAUGGGCGUCGACAUUAAUGCAUCCACCGGCGGAACUGCUGUUCCUCAGCUCCUUUACUGCAUCUACCAGAUGAUGUUCGCUUGCAUCACCGUUGUCAUCGCAUGCGGUGCCUUCGCUGAUCGUGCUCGUCUCGGGCCCGUCUUGAUCUUCGCCUUUGCCUUUAUCACCAUCGUCUACUGCCCCAUCGCUUACUGGACAUGGAACGUCGGCCUUGGCUGGUCGAACAAGAUGGGCGGUCUGGACUUCGCUGGCGGGACACCCGUGCACAUUGCCUCUGGUACCGCCGCUCUUGCCAUUUCCAUCUUCCUCGGCAAGCGCAAGGGCUACGGUACCGAGAAGCUUGCUUACCGUCCUCACAACGUCGCCUACUGCAUCUUGGGAACCGUCUUCCUCUGGUUCGGUUGGUUCGGUUUCAACGGUGGUUCUGCUCUCGGUGCCAACUUAAGGGCUGUCCAAGCUAUGAUGGUUACCCAGGUUGCUGCUUCCGUUGGUGCCUUGACUUGGAUGUUCUGGGACUGGAGGCUCGAGAGGAAGUGGUCUGCUGUGGGCUUCUGCUCCGGUGCUAUCUCGGGGUUGGUCGCUAUCACCCCUGCCUCUGGUUACGUCGGUACCCCAGCUGCUGUCGCAUUUGGUGUCGUUGGUGGUACCGCUUGCAACUUUGCCACUGGUCUCAAGAACGUGCUUGGCUACGACGAUGCUCUUGAUAUCUUUGCUGCACACGGUAUUGGUGGUGUGGUUGGAAACAUUCUCACCGCCUUCUUCGCCGACAACAGGGUCGCUUCCUUCGAUGGUUCGGCGCUUAUCCCCGGUGGUUGGAUCAACAAGAACUGGAUCCAGCUCGGUUACCAGCUUGCCGACUCCGCUUCGGGUUUCGGCUGGUCCUUCGUCGUCACCAUGAUCUUGCUCUUCGCCAUCGAUCGCAUUCCUGGAUGCCACUUCAGGGCAAGCGAGGACGACGAGAUGCUCGGUAUCGACCUGGCUCAGAUCGGCGAGGAGGUCUUCUCUGUGCCUUUGCUGCAUGACUUUCACCGACCAGAGGCUGGCGCUGAGGUGACUCACGCUACCAGAUCGGUCGAUGCCAAGUACUCGCCAUCACACAGCGAGAAGGAUCUCGAGGCUGCUCGGCGCACUUCCUCGUAA